GGGAAAAAUUACCUGCACGGAAUUCCAGACUUCACGACUCCAACGCUCGACCACCUAAACAAACCCAUUGCAGCGAUACAAAUUUUAAGUCGCAACCAUGGGUAAGGGACAGCCUCGUGGCCUGAACGCGGCCCGCAAACUUCGCACCCACCGCCGGGAUCAGCGAUGGGCCGAUCUGGGAUAUAAGAAGCGUGCUCUCGGAACCGCCUUCAAGUCUUCGCCGUUCGGUGGCUCCUCCCACGCCAAGGGAAUCGUCCUCGAGAAGGUCGGUGUCGAGGCCAAGCAGCCCAACUCUGCCAUUCGGAAGUGUGUCCGUGUGCAGUUGAUCAAGAACGGAAAGAAGGUCACAGCUUUCGUCCCCAACGACGGUUGCUUGAACUUUGUGGACGAGAACGACGAGGUCCUGCUUGCUGGUUUCGGUCGUAAGGGCAAGGCGAAGGGUGAUAUUCCCGGUGUCCGUUUCAAGGUUGUCAAGGUCUCUGGUGUCGGUCUGCUCGCCCUGUGGAAGGAGAAGAAGGAGAAGCCCAGAUCAUAAGCUUGAGGACGGAAACGGAAAAGGGUCACGGUUUGGCAUGCGGAGUCUUCGUUGCUUGUUUACAUCGGCAUCAGUGGCAUCGGGUUACGGCACCUGAUUCUUUCACGGUAGACACGAUCACGCGAAUGGAAGGUCAUUGAACACCAAGAUUCGCUACCCCUUCUUGACACAGCGUGAUGCUCUAAAUUGAUCCUGGUCCUCCGGCCGGCCGAAUAUCGCGCCUGGAGCCGAGUCUCUAGAUACUGUAAGGUAAAAACAUGUUAUAAUACAAUGUCAUACAGCCUCGCUGAGUUGUUACAAUGAAUCCUCC